GCAUUUUCCCAACCAGACGGGCAUCCAGUUUGGUACAACUGCAAGUAUAUUUACAUCUACAUUUUGAGAAACCUAAGAAGACCUAAGUCAUGGACAACCACUCUUACAAUUUCCCAUCCGAUUGCACCCCGUUGACUAACUGUAAGUCCGGGCGAAAACCAGGAUCGACUGUGAUAAACAUGCAUGGAGCAGGAGGGAAGAAGCCUCCGAGAGACUACCUGAUCUGGUCCCUGUGUAACACCCUCUAUGUCAACUUCUGCUGCCUCGGGUUCAUGGCCCUCAUCUACUCCAUCAAGGCGCGUGACCAGAAGACCCAGGGUAACUUGCAACUGGCCCAGGAGUGCUCGGACAAGGCCAAGUGGUACAACAUCUUGGCCGCGGGCUGGAACCUCCUCAUCCCUCUCCUGCUCAUCGUCAUCCUGAUCCUGCUCCUUAUUCACCUGGGCUCCUCGCAGGGAUCGUUCGACUUCUUUGGAGAGGAUGGUUUCCAGAACUUCCUCAAACUGUUCAGCUGGUAGACUCAAGGAGAGAGGAGAGGAGGAGGGCUGUGGAGGUAGAGAAUUGGGUAAAUAAUAGUGUACAUGACAGAUACGAAACAAGCAACACAAGUCAUGGUUCAAAUUUGUGAAGUGGGAUAUUGACUAGAUCAGUGUUGCUCAGACUGUGAUCCAGGGGCUGCUGCUGGGGGUAUGCAGGGCCCUCUGCAGUUUGAAUAUUUGU